AUGGAGUACGGGUACUUGAGCGGCGCGGGCGGCGGGUUCGACGGAGGAUGUCUGGGCUCCGGCGGCGGCGAGCUGUCCUGGGGCGAGCUCGCCUCGUGCGGCCAGAUGUCACAGGCUGCCUACCGGUACCAGGGCAUGCGCUACCAGCCUCCACCACCGCAGUGUGCACGACCACAAGAUGCUGCCAUGAGGAACCACCAUAUAUUUCCUCCAUCCAUGAAUUUACAACCCGGCCUCCCUUACAAAGUGUACGGUGGACACGAAGGCUCGUUGACGGAGAAGAGAAAACAACGGAGAAUCAGAACGACAUUCACAUCAGCUCAGCUGAAGGAGCUGGAGCGAGCCUUCCAGGAAACACACUAUCCUGACAUCUACACCAGAGAGGAGAUUGCUAUGAAGAUAGACCUCACUGAAGCGAGGGUACAGGUGUGGUUCCAAAACCGGCGAGCGAAGUUUCGCAAGCAGGAGCGCUUAGCUCAACAGAAGGCGGGUGAGGCACCUGUGAAGGCGGAGGGCAAGAGAGACAAGCCGACGUCGCCCGCAGCAUCGCCCCACCCGCCGGCAGCGCCCGCGCCGCAACCCGCACACCACGCAUUGCCGCAUCUAUCACCACCUGACCUCAAGCCUAUCACGUCAGCAGGUAGAUAUCCAAACAAAUUGUGCGAGGAGCUGAACGGCGUGGGGGGCGACGUAGGCUUGCCGCCUGUGAGUGGCAGCGGCGGCGGCAAGUGGACCGGCGGCUGCGGGCUGCUGCGUCAGCCCUCGGGCUUCCCACUCCUCGGCGUCGCGCCACCCAAUUACCUACUGUCGGACCACCUCGGAACCCUCGCCAAAUCGAACAACCAUCUUUUCUAA